AAACAAGUGGAAGGAGAUGUAGCCGACAGGCACACAUUAAUUACUCUAACGCACGCACUACACCUCGUCGGCUCCACUCCUUUCUCGGUACGCUGUAGCAUCCUCCUCUUUGCAUAAUAACACACGGCAAGCGAUCGUUUUUGCGGCGCUGCGUCGGAGCUUCAUGGCCGCAACACUCACGAUGAGCGGCGGCGUGCAGGAGGAUCCCUUCUACCCGCUGCAGAAGGCGACUCUGUCCGCUGGGUUCCCCUUGGAGGACUCGGCGUUGUUCGGCUUGGAUUGCAAGAUCACCGAAGCAGACAAGGCUGGACAAAAUGAUUAUGCACAGGCAAAGUGUGAGAUGGACAGGUAUCUCUCCCCUCAGCCUCUUCCACUUCCAAACCCUGCAGACAACCAGCAGAAGUCACUCAGAGACAGCUCGUCAGCAGUGGAUCAGUUCUUCACUGACGCUGGGGCUCCCUAUACCCUCAACAUGAAUCUUUAUCUCCCUGACGUCGGCUACCUGAGGAUGGGCUUGUGCCAGCAGGUGCGGUCCCCUCAACACCAGAACCACCCGAGUCUCACUCACAUUAAAACAGAAUCUCCCUCCUCGUGUUUUUCCUCUAACCUGCAGCCCCACUGCCCCGGCACUACGCCCACAAGUAGCUGCAGCACAUCCGGCCACGGCCCUGGCAGUAUGGCCAUGGAAAACUCCGCCACAAACAUGACAUUAACUGGGUUACCAGAAUUCACCAGUGUUUUCAAUCAGCUGGGAGGCAGCCGCGGUGGUGAUUCACUGCCAGAAGUGUAUGUCAAACAGGAAAUGUCACCACAGUUUGAGCAGCACGCUCUCCACCACCACCAUGACAACAGCAGCUCGCUGUUUCAGCUCCUAAACUCUGGCUUGGAUCAUCGCCAUAGCAAUGGCAUGGAGGCUCAGCAUCAUCAUCACCAUCAGCAGCAGCAGCAACCGAUCCAACACACUACCACGAUGCACACACCUUUUCAUGAUUUGCCAGUAGCUACUUCUGCUUCUCAACAAGAGCAAACUGUCAAGCCUGCCUACCGCUGUCUAGGUGGUGGGGUAUACACACAUCCUCAUUCUCAGGCACAUCCCCAAUUCCUCCAGCAGCAGGUGCCCUACCUGCCACCCUCUCCGCCAAACUCAGAGCCCGGCAGCCCUGACAGGCAGAAGGAGCUGCUCCACAACAUGUCACCUCCUCCGUCAUACGCUGCCACCAUUGCCUCCAAGCUUGCAGGUAGCACACCCGGACUUGGACCUGGCCCGGGACCAGGUGGCUUAGCUCUGCCCCUCACUACAGGCCCCACACCAGUCCCAGGCCCAGCCACAGUCCUUCCUCAAGCCCACGCGACAACACCAACCCCAAAUCCAGCACAGAACGCGGUGGCUGCCCGCUACAACCGAAGGAACAACCCCGACUUAGAGAAACGACGGAUCCACCACUGUGAUUACCCAGGCUGCAAGAAGGUCUACACCAAGUCGUCCCAUUUGAAAGCACACCUCAGGACUCACACUGGCGAGAAGCCGUACAGGUGUACGUGGGACAGCUGCGACUGGCGUUUUGCUCGUUCGGAUGAGCUGACGCGUCACUACAGGAAACACACGGGCGCCAAACCCUUCCAGUGUGGCGUCUGCUCACGCUCCUUCUCCCGAUCGGAUCACCUUGCCCUGCACAUGAAGAGACACCAGAACUAGCAACGUUUUGCACACAUGCUCAGACAUACAAGCACUAUCUUGACAAAACAUAAAGCAUUCACUCCGUGUCCCGCAGCUACACGAGCUGCCUGAUGCAGAGUGACUUUCAGUGACAUCACAGCUCUUCCUGGUGCUGCUGUCGUGGGCUAAAACACUUCGAUAGCCUAACAAACAUGUUGCUCUUAACGCCAAGUGGAACAAUUUGGAAGUUUUAAAGUAGGAAGAUGGUGGCCAGAUGAUCUUCUGGUCCCUUAACCACCAGAUACACAUAUUAUAGAUGUGUUUGGGCAGAUGAAAAGAUGAGAUGGGGUGUGACUGGAAUGAAUUAAAACAGCAUCUUUUUUGUCUUUAUUGUAACAUAGAACUGGCUUAAUUUUCUUUUAUAAAAGAGAAGCUUUUGUUUGCAAAACUAGUCAAGCCAAAUCUUUGUUUACUCAUUGAUUUGUUAGUUUCUCUCUAGAACUGGAAUGUCCAGGUUUUUAUUCUUUACCAAAUCCUUAGAUUUGCACUAGAAUUGGUAAUCUAAGCCUCAGCCUUUUUGGCCCAAGUAUCUCAUUCACCACUGGAACGAUCAUUAUCACUACUGGACUACAUCUCUGUGUGCACCACACAAAUCAUUGCUGUUCAGAUAUUAAAAAUUGAAGGCAUUUAUACUCUGGAGAGAGGGAAGAGAGAGCAGGGAAAAAGUGAGAGUGCGGGGGUGGAGAUGGAGAUGGAGAGAAAGACCGAGAGGGAGAAAUUUUUGAUUUUAGAGAGAGGAGAUUGGAAGACGAUUGAGAAACAGAGGGAGGUGGAUGGAUGCUAAAGAGCAGCAAUUAGAUGAUGAAUUAUUCAGGUCGUCUUUUGAUGGAUUUCCAACCAGAGAAAUGUAAGCAGAACCCAUAGACGUGUUCUAGGACUCAUUCAGUUAAUACAGAAUCGACAGUAUUUGAUGCACAAACUUGAAUGUGCACUGAAGUGUCUUCAAAAUGCAGCAUGCUAUUAGUGUAGAUCAGUCUCACCCAGCGUUUUACUUCUGUUAAUUGUUUUAACCAAAGCAUCAUGUUCAACACAUCGUCAACACCUUAUUAAGUGCCUCUUUCUCUCAUUUAUGUGUUUUUGUUCUCUAGUAGCAGAGCUGUGAUGAGUGUAGUCAAUCGUUUUAAAAACAUGGUGCUUUUUAAGAAAAAGAAAAUCUAAAUCUGUUAAAUCUCUAGGUUUAGCUUUGAAAAGGUAAAUCUCUUGAAUUAUAAGGUAGCCACCCUUGUGGUAAUGUAACAGCACAGCUCUGGCCACUUCGCGGACAUCCUGGGAUGCUCUGGCUCAUGGACACGUUUUGUUAAAGGACGGGUUCACUUUGUUUUUUUGUUUUUUAAAAUUUAUUAUUAACUUGUUGAAACUUUGGUUCAGCUUCUAAAGUUGAAGUUUAGUUCCCCCCCCCCCCCCCCCCCCCCCAGAAUAUUGAAUUUGCCCAAUUGCUUGCAUUAAAAUCGCCCCCCAAAGGGAUCUCGUCAAUCACCAACUCUUUUAAUGUACAUAUGGAUAUGGAGUAUUGUUUAAAACAAAAAAAGCAUAACAAAAAAGUGUGAACCUAUCCUUUAAUGUACGCCUGAAUGUCCAUUUGAUGGGGAGAUUUAGCCUGCACUUAUAACUGUAUUUGUUCAUUCACUGCAGGUAGCAUAUCGAUAAUAUAGCACUGUAAUGUAUAAUGGUAAAUCUGACUAUUUAUUUGAUUGUGUAGAAGCAGGGGUUGUAUCUGAUCAACCGUCUUUUUUCCCCCAGCAAAAAUGCCUUAAUGUAAAUAUAUGCACUGUAAAUACAUUUUUUUUUUGUUCGUUUUCCUCUUUUGUUAUUUUUUUGUAAACAACAGGGCAAACAGAGGAAAAAUGCCCCGCAUCCAAAAAUAUUUGAGCCUUUUUUCUUUGUUUGUUUUUUUCUUGUCAAACCUAUUUUGAUGCCAUUGUUUUAUAUAUUGUCCUUCCAGCAACUUAUUUUAUAGAUCCUUUUUUUUUCUUCCAUGGUUAAACGUUCCAAAGACAAAAGUUGUUUUUCUUCAACUGAGUGAA